AUGUCACAACAACGAGAAACAAGCAAUGGCACUGAUUCAACGGCCUCGUCAACCGCCGGUGCACAGGAAAGUGCGACUUCUAGCUGGAAUUCUGACGAUUUCGAGUGUCCUGUCUGUUUGCAGAGCUCUCUUUAUGCCACACGUCUACCCUGUGGCCAUGUUUUUUGCUUUCUGUGCAUUAAAGGUGUUGCUGUCCACGAUCGCCGCUGCCCCAUGUGUCGCAGCGCCAUACCACCCCACUUUCUGGACCAUCCAAAAAUGAUAGAUGGCCAUCAAUACAAUUGCGCUAGGCGCGGAACUAUGGAUGGCUAUCAAUGGUAUUACGAAGGACUGAAUGGCUGGUGGCAGUAUGAUGAUCGCACCAGCCGUGCUAUUGAAGCGUCCUUUCAGAGGGACGACAAAGUCUGUGUUUUACACAUUUCCGGUCAGGAGUACGCGAUAGACUUAGAGCAGAUGAUGCAGGCGCGUCUAAGUGAUCCGAUGCGUCGUCGACGCAUUAAACGUGAUUUGGUUACCAUACCCAACAAAGGAGUGGCCGGUCUGAGCAUCCAGGACCACCCCAGCAGUGCCAAUAACACAAAUGCUUAG